AUGCCCCCGCAUCCUUGUGCCCUGCUGGACCCACGGAACCGGGCUGGUCUCCGCAAUAGCAUUGUUCUGGUCGUCCUGCCGAGAGUGUCUUUGCAAGUCAUUGAAGUCACACAACACGGAAUGAUCCAAAACAGAUUUCGGUAUGGAGACCCAGGGCUAGGUUCAAGCUCAGCACCACCUCUGGUUAAAACGACAAUCAGUAUUAUGGAGGAGGACUUAGAAAUGUUCCAGGAACAAGCUGUGACUAAAGCUUCUCCAUGUGAAGUUGAACUUCAGGAAUUAGUGCAUCAAAUUGACAUCAUAGUAAACAGAAAGCAAGUAGAAUGGGAAAGAAAGAUGAGAGCUUUGGAAGCAAAGAUGGAUAUCCAGGAUCAAGAAUUAGCAAGUGCCCAAAGCAAACUGGAUCAAAAAGGUCAAGAGGUGGGACUACUUCAAAAACAAUUGGAAAACUUACAGAAAACUAAAAAUGAAAUGGCUCAGAGUUAUGAAACUCAGCUUCAAGUACUGAAAUCUCAAUUCUCAAAGUUGAUACAUAGUUAUGAAAAGCUACAGUCACAUCAGUUAAAACAAAAAAAGAUCGAAAGUAGAGAAAAAUGUGGGGAAAACCUGGACACAUCAUCUAACCCAAGGAAUUUAUAUGUGAAACUUGAGGAAUUUAAGGCAAAAUCACAAGAAUGGGAGAAGAAUGGGACAACCUGUGUAAAUAACCCUGUUUAUGUAGAUAUGCAGCCCAAAUUAUUGCCCGAGAAAUGUAAUUUAUUUCAGAAGCAGAUCCAGAAUUAUCAACUCCAAAUAUGCAAUAAGAAACAAAACAAAGAAGAGCUAAUUACCUAUACCCAGCCCAAAAGUGGAAAGGAUGAUUUGAUUAUUGAAAAGCUAAAGGCAAUUGUGAAUGAAAUAGCAAGAAACAAGAAUAAACUGGUAGAGGAAAAUAUGAAACUCCAUGAGGAUCUAAAAAUGUACCAAAAUCAAUGCCAGAACAUGGAGGCAGACAUCUCAGACAUGAGAAAUGAGCUUCAGUCAAGGGAUGGUCUCUGGAGAAGGAUACAACUGGAAUGCCAAAAGUUGUAUACAGAAUUAUUGAAAAUCAAAGAGUAUAAAGAUAUGCAGGAAAUUCAAAUAAAGCAUCAAUCGUCUCGUGUUCAGCUUACUGAGCAACUAGAAAAUAAAAACCCUGAGUUAUUGCUAUUUGCAGAAAGUCAAGAACACCAAGAAGAAGAGCUGAACAAGAUAAGAAACCAUAUUUAUCGAGAGGAGCAGUCCCAUUGGUCUGAGCAGGAAAGAAUGAAGACAGAAAUCUCUGACCUGACAGAGGAGCUUCAUCAGAAAGAGAUCACUAUAGCAACUAUCAUGGAGAAAGCUAGUCUUCUGGAAAGACAGUUAAAAAUGGAGUUAGAGACAAAACACAAAUUGUUAACAAAACAGCAGUUGUUGGAAUUCCAUUACCAAGUUAUCAAAUCUGAAAACACACAUCUCAAAGAAAUGGUGGAAAACCAGGAGUGUGAAAGUUGCAUGUGUAUAGAUUUAUGUAACAAAGAACAUGGAAAUUUCACAGCUUCUGUUCACAAAAUGAAACAUGAGAAUUUAAGACUACAAAAUAGCCUUGUUAAACCACAAAAUGACACAGAAACAUCGAUACUGGUUCGCACGGAUGCAUAUAGAGAAACAGAGCACAGCUGCCAAACCCAUUCAAAGAUGCAAGAAAAGGAAGAGAGAUCCUUCCAAAAUGAAGAUUCAUGGGAAGUGGAAUGUCAACAGACUGCUAUGCUCACGGCUGGUGGAUACCACAGAAACUGCAGUCCCGCUUUGUAUGGCCAAGGCAAUAUCACUGGUUCAAAAAGUGAUAGCACUUUAUCUUCUCAUCCACUUCACAGAGGCCAUGAAAAGAAAAUAGAUUAUAAAUCACCAUUACCACCAGCGGGGUAUCCUUUGGGCCUGCCUGGGCCAUUUCCUGAAGUGGGCAGAACAUGCAGCUUUCAGAGCACUGCUUACAAUGCAGAAGAAAUCAAAUUAUCGUCUCCCCCUGAGAUGUCCUUCUUUGCAACAACAGAAAAGUUCCUUCAAGAGGAAGAGAAACACGCAAGAGAAUUUGAAGAACAUUUAAAUUCACACCUUGAAGAGCUGCAAAGAUAUUCUGAAAAUACUAUUAAAAAAUAUGCCAGGAUGCAGCAAAGCAGACAUACUUAA